AUGCUCAACAAGUUCAGGAAGCGCUCCGGGGCCGUGCGGUUCAAUUUCAGCAUGACUGUGCACGCGCUGGCGCCCUGGCCCGCGGUCGACCGCGCGGUGGCCAUCGGCUGGCAGCGGGGCUCCAAGAAGAGCAAGCGCGGUGCGACGGCAUCCAAGAUGCCACAACCGCUGUCAGGGAGGCUGGGCAGCGCGGUGGAGUUCGAGGAGGCCUUCCAGCUGUCGGCGACGCUGUACAUGGAUGGAGGCAGGAAACCCUCCACCGCUGGGCCCUUCAAGAAGAAGGCCCUCAUCCUGGCGGUCCUGGAGACGGAGCGCUCGGGCGAGACCAAGUCGCUGGGCCGCGUGGUCAUCGACCUGGCGCAGUACGCUGCGCCGCUGAACGAAGUCAAGCGGGACUUCGACAUCGCGUGCAGCAAGUCGAUUCAGUCGGCCGUGGGCACACCGAAGCUGUCCGUGAGCCUGAGGUGCACGUGGAAAGGCGCCUCUGGCCCUGGGAGCGCUGCCAGCUCGCACAGCUCUGAUACAACAGGGAGUGCACUGACAUCCAAUUUAAGUUCAUUUUGGCACAAGAAAGAAAAGAGGAAGCAAGGUCGGCUGACUGGCGAACAAGCUGAUGAUUUAAGAGGAUUCGAACACCUGGCAAACAGGCCUGGUUUGGAGCCAGACAGUCCCCAGGUUGGGGCCCAUGAUGGUCUCCCGGAAAGCCCCAAUCCGCCUGCAAUUGAUUUUCCGCGCCUGAAUACCAUCAGGGAGAGUGACAGAGAGUAUUUGAGGCAAGCCAGCAGGCAGUCCCUUGGCGUGACACUCGCUGAAACACAUGACGAAAGCCAGGAUGGUGGUGGAAGGGCAGUCCCGGAUGCCAUUGCGAACGAAUAUGAUGCCGAUGGCGUUCUCAGGGAUAGCGACCUGGACAGUGAGCCCAACCCACCAGCGAAUUCGGCCUCUGGGGCUCACCCAUCGCCUCCCCCGCCUGAUCGCGUCAGCUCAUGGCUUGCCUCCAUGGAUGGGAGUGAGCAGGGGGUGAAGACCCCCAAGAUGACGACCAGAGAACAGGAGGUCAAGGAUGCUGCCCAGAGUCUCCUUGCCGCCCUGGGCAGCAGUGAUGAGGAGACUGAUGAAGGGAAAGUGGCCGAAAAUGAGAGCGCAGGGAGCGGAUUUAGCGGUGGUGGGUCUGGAAGAAGAUCAAUGGAAUCGCCAGUUGCUCAGGAUGAUGUGUGUACUGUUGAGCCUGAAAGUACAAAGGAUGGGCAAGGCGGAGAUGCUGCAUUGGAGCCUGAACCAUCUGGGCAGUCUGAACCUGAAUCUGAGCACUCCUGGCAAAGCCCGGUUGGCUCCCUGCCGGCCCAGGAGAGCAUCGGGUCGCCAGCAUCUUUUCAUAGUGGGGUUGAUUCGUUGCCCUCUGUUCAGAGUGGGUCACUAUCUGGGAGGUUUGGGAAGGGUAGAAAGGGCAGGAUGGGGCCUGCGAAAUCCCCUCAGAGCACAGGUAAACCUGUCCCGUUACGGCCAAGCACAGCAGAGACGGUGGUAUCAACACCAGGUGGUGCAGAAUGCCUCCCUUCUCAGGGGGCCACAGCUGAGCCUGUUGCCUCUGGCCAGACCUCUGCAGAUCCGAUAACAUCCCAGCAGAGUGCUCCGAAGGGUUUGCCCAUCAGGCACACUGAAUCAGGUGCCAAUCCGUUUGUUGACUCGACUUCCCACAGUCCCAGGGGUGAGCACCAUGGUGUCCGGUCUGACCUCCCUGAGAAGGGCGGCUUGCAGCAAGGCCAUGGGCUUCCUGAAACUUCUGGUGAGGACACACAUGGUGAAGAGCCACGGUCAGGGAGCAAAUCUUUGCCACUGCAUGUUGAGCCUUCGACGAGCACCAGCCAGGCAAUGGAGCAAGGCCAUGCUCCUCGGAGGUGGACAAGGGUGUUUGACAAGGAGGGUAAAGAUCAUAAGUCCCCAACCCUUGGGAAAACUGAGGAUGUGGAAGGGGCUUCAAGAAAGGACAACUUGAGCAUCCCAUUACACAGGGAAAAGGGCUCUGUGGCAACAAGGGACUAUGCAGGACUACAUCAACUGCGCACUGCUGCCUUCCUUGAAGCGUCUGUGUACUUGGCACGGUCAGGCCGCCAUCGGGACAAGCCUCGCAACAUGCACGCCCCUGCCCGGCGAAUAGCGCGUACCGUGGCUGCCCUCGGCCCAGAACAGGGUGCUGCAGCGGGCAGGAAUGCCCUCAGGGCGAUCAAGGCCAUGGUGGAUGGUGCCGGCGCUAACACAUGCACAGCCGCUUUCUGGUGGACCAACUGCGUGCAGCUGCGCCUGCUGCUGCCCAACCUUGCAACAAAGGCUGGCGCAGGGCCUCCGGGGCCCAAGGAGGUGCACUGGGCAGUGAAGGCCCUUGCCCCGCAAGUGGCGGAGCUGGAGAAGGACAUCUUUGAUCGCGUGCAGCAAUACUUGUGGUGGAAGGUGUUGAUGUCGGAGGUGGUGGGAACGGCUGGCAAAGGGGAGGUGGCGACUGCGACCUCGUGCAGCAGCACCGGCAGCCCGCGUCCAGAGAAGGACGUUGCCGUCCAUAGGUGGCUAGGUGCCUUGGCCGCCGUCGAUGAGCAGUUCCAGUUGUGCGCCUCUGGCAAGGGCCUGGAGGGCCAUGUGCCGCUAUUGAAAACCCAGGUCCUGCGGAACUGCAUGAAGAGAAUGGACAUGAUCUUGUUCCAGGAGAUGCUGGCAGAUGGAGGAGAGCUUGGGGCAGGCAUCGUCACACAGGCACCCUCUGAAACCUUGGGAACUGCUGUGAUCGAUGAUACGAUGGGGGGAGGACUGGAGGGCUGGCCACUUCUUGAAGAUUUAGUGCUUCCAUUCAGCCGAGGACCCUUGACAUUCGGCGUGGGCAUGAACCUGAAGAUGGCAGUGACAAGGUGGAGCGAGUGGGCUUUCAGGGUUGAUGUGGGUGGCAGCCACGUCGGGGGCGAGCCGAGCCACUUGUUUUUUCCGCUUUUGACGGCCACCGCCGACCUCCUGAUGAUGCCCAAAGAGCUGCUCACGGACAAGGGCGUCAGGGACGACAUAUUCUCUGCUCUGUCUCUCAGAUCGAUGUGCUGCAUCAUGAAGCGCUACCAGCCGGACGACUUUGCCCCGGAGGCCGUCACGCCCGCGGUGCAGGAGCAGCUGGACGUCGAGCUCAGGCAGUCCAAGCCGUGCCCCGUGGAGCUGUGCGUCUCGUACGAGGCGCCGGACGCCAGCGCCCUGGAGCGGCUGGACGAGUGCCUGGCGGUGGACAUGGAUAGCGACAGCGAGGACGAUCUCGACGAGCUGGAUGGGAUGUAUGAGCGAUGCGGGGACGAGGGGCCCCCGCGGUUCGAGGUGCUCAAGGACCUGUGGGGAAGGAAGGCCUACGGGGCCGUGAGCGCCAGAAGAUGA